AUGGGUGCCAACACCUGCGACGGAGACGUGUAUAUCCAUAACUUGGCCACGUUCAUAAAAUCUCACGAGCGCCAGCUAGCCAAUGCUUUAGUGGCCUACAAGAAGAGUGCUCCUAAGACAAAUACAAAUGGCAAGCCCAAUUCGAUACCGAGACAACAGCAACAGUCGACAAAGCCUGUCAGACUGUCUCUUUCUCUUCACCAUCUGUAUUUUUUACUGGGUAAAUUUCAGGAACUCGGCAUCAGCGUAGGCCCAAUGAACAUUCGACUGGACAAUAUCGAUACCGAGAGCUCUAACAAUUAUGUCUCAUUUUUGAGUGAAUUUCAAAGAAACAAGGCCAUACAAUCGGACGCUCAAUCGAUUCACUCGAUGUCUAGUGUUAAGUCAGUUAUGUCUAGCGUGUCAGCACUGUGGACUACGCUAAGCUCAAGUGGCCAAAAGGGAGACAAUAUCAUCAACGAUCUGAAAUACCUGUACUCUGCAUUUACAAAACUCCCCUGUCUCAGGUUGGCGACAGAUCCCAAUGCUAAACUUAUUGAAGGCCACGAGGAGUAUCCUUUCGAUACGUCAACACCUAUAAAGAUAUUCAAGAACCUUUCUGUUUUAGAGAUCUCAGACAUGGAUCCGAAGGAGAUCUAUGGCUGGCAUAUACUGAGUGAAAACAUCAGAUUCUUGGUGGUCAAACGCACGAACAUCACAGACCCUUACGACAUACUUGUUACCUUGGUCCACGACGACAUAAACAAGCGCGGAUCAAUGUAUUCUGAAGAUUCUGAGCCAUCACCCUCAUCUACGUCGUCUCUCGCCAUUCCAAUGACCAAACGAGGCUCUUUUUCUUCCCCCUCAGUUCACAACUCCGCGACUUUCUCUAGUUCAUAUGGAUCUUCCCACCAUCAUUACCUCAGUGGGUCACUUCCAGAAACCACGUCACCACCAUCAUCGUACUACGCUUCACGACUUCCCACUGACGACAAAUAUGCAUUGAUUCCUAGAAGACAAUAUCAGUACCAUCACAAAUCACGGUACACCCCGAAAGAUACACUCCCUACUAUUGACCAGAUUCCUAUUUCUUCAAACCCGCAUGAAUUCUCUAAGAUCCAUUGGAGAUUACUCAAACAUUUGUCGCUCACAGAGAACAAGAUAACAAGAAUUAGCGAAGAAGCGUUCACCAAUUUAGAGAAUUUAUCGUCUCUUGAUUUGUCGUACAAUAACCUGACGGAGAUUCCGCACGCUGCACUGGCCAAACUUCACAAUCUCAAGUCACUGAACCUGUCAUACAACAAGCUCGUCAACACGAAAACGUUCCCAAAGACGCUGACCAAAUUGACCAUCCUCAACUUGCGUGGUAAUCAACUAACAAAUUUGGAUACUUUGGAGAAUGCCUCAUCAUUGGAAAAGAUUGAUUUGCGACAGAACAAGCUGACCAAGGUUGCUGAGAUGAAGCCGCUUUUUUUGUUGAAUAAUGACGUUGUCAAGCUUAACAUCUUGUACUUAGUUGGUAAUCCUGUGGCUAGCAACAGAGGUUACAGAAUAGAGUUGUUCAACUUGUUCAAUGGAGUUGAUUACUCAAAUGAUCUGCGCAUUGAUGGCUCAAAGCCUGGAAUAUUUGAGUCGAGAUUAUUGCUUGAUGCAAAAUCUGCUCAAUUAAAGUUGAAUAAGUUUUUGGACGCAAGCAUUAUUUCAAAGAUGGCCGAAAGCGUUUCCACGAUGAACAUCAACAAGAUAAUUACUACCACGACUACCGGAGAUAAUUCGAUGUCAUCGGAUAUGCUGAAUAAUCGGAUGAGCUCUCAGUCUAGAGUGAGCAUGUCUUCCAAGGAAAAACACGAGGAUGCACGAGAUUCUAUCGAUUCGAGGGCCUCACAACGGUCAAAGCCUCCGCCUUUAAAUUUGGACAGCCACAAGACGCAGGUGAUAACUCCUCAAGCUCAGAUAUUGACGCCAAACAAGAAUCUAUUGAAUUCUUCUGAUCACAUGCUUCCACCGCAGAAACCGUUCUCCCAGAAGACAUCUUCAGUACAAUCUCCAGCCACAGGGAGCGUGUGGGAACAAAUUAGCUCAGCGGCGCCCGUAUCUGAGGCUACCAAGACUACAACCUUGGCUACCCCAGUUAGUGCGAACUACACUUUUGAAAAACCUCAGCUGGACCAAGGGUCACAGCUUCCUUCACCAGUCGCUUCAAGCCAGCCGUCGAGGGCGGUCUCAAUUGAUGAGAAUGUUUAUCCUUCAGGGGUGAUUCUGACACGGCAGGUCAACGCUUCGAACUCAUCACUAGUCACAAGUUCCUCAAGAAAGCCAUCUCAAGAAGCUAACCCGAUCAACAAGAUUAGCCUGGCUGCGCCGGCACUCCCAGUGAUCACGCAAGCUACCACAAUGACUACCGUCUCUUCAGAUCCUCCCACACCUCAUAGCCAGCGUCGCAGUGCAGACCACGAGUACUUUGCCGGUGCUGUAGCUUUGCAAAGUCCGAUCAAAGCUCAUACUUUCCGACACCCCGAUGCUAGAAUCGAACCGAAUCCCGACUCAGCAUCAGCCAUAGACCUUUCCAUUAUGAACAUGAUACGCGAAACCAAAGACGAAGCCAGCCAGCCUGAGCCCGAUUCCAAAGACGAGCUUUCGCAGGGACGUAAGAUAUCCGUUAGCUAA